AGAACAGCCGUGCACGGGACUCCCGCAAUUUGUUCGCACCGGUUCGAGGGAAACACCACGAAGGCAAAGCCGCGGGUUUCAGUCGAGACCGCGGGCGAUCCACUUGAGGCCGCCAUCUUGACCGCCUUACCCUCGAUCCCUGGGCUCGGGAUUUCAUCUCUCGAACGAAUUUCUUCUCCGCCGAGGCGUCGAAGGAGCGUUAGCAACAUGAGGUAUUCGGCUUUUUGCAUGUUGCUGCUAACGAGCGAGCCUCUAAUCACUUAUGCCAACAAGGUGGUACUGGUGAUUCCGCAACAGACGAGACGCAUGUACAAUGGUGGUUUGGGACCAUCAUGGCAGCCACGUUUCAGAAAAUCGUCCCUCGGUAACGAGGUUCAUUACCAAAAGUACCAUCAUACCCCUCCUGUGCACCAUUUCCCGAAAAAAUCUGCGUACAGAAGCCCUCCGUUCCCUCACGGAGGAGAUGACUUCGAUCAAGGCUACGAACACGUUAACCACGUGCGUAUUCCCCACGGAAAGGACAUCAGCCAUGCCAUUUCGUUUGGAAAAGGUUAUAUCCCUUAUGACAAGAUCAAAGGCAGUUUCUCAUUAGGUCGUGAGAGGAAGCCAAGCUUGCAAGAACAAAACUAUCAACCGGAACCAGAGUUUUCGUCAAGCCAGUACACUUUGCCCGAUUCCGAUUACUCACCUUCGGGACAAUCGUACGAAUCCUCGCAUUCGGAAACCUUCUUUCCCGAUCCGGAGACUGCCUUAAACUACAACGAGAGGCGCAACGAUCGCAAAAAGUUCUACUCUUCCCGAUCAAUCGAGAAGGAUAUCAUCGGGAAUAAUCCUUUGAGCUUUGCCGCGGACAAGGAUCAGAUUCUUUUGCUGCAACAGAAAGGCGUGGACCUGUACAAAAAUAUAUCCCCUCAGCCGCAAGAUGGCGUACUGUUGCCGAGUGGCGUUCCUUCGGCCACUAUAGGCGAUAGUAAAGAGGGGAUAGUGUUGAGGGACACGGUGGCCCUAGACGAGUACCAACAGAAGCUCCAAGAAAUGACCAAAUCCUGGCCGCAAUUCUUGUCCAAUCCGGCCACCGCUUUUGCCAACAAUUAUCAAAGCCAGCACGUGACAGCGAGUUACUCGACAGAUGGCUCUUCGGUUUCUGGUGGCUUCAGUGGCUCCAUCGAUUGGCCAACGAACUUCGCUCAACCGAAGCAAGGUUACGACGUUAAGGAGGAUACUGUAGAACAGCCGCAGAAUUUCAGGAUGCCUGUUCACACUUCUUAUAAUACUGUCUCUGUUCCUGUAAGCAUGGCGAUACCGGCCAUCGCGCAGGCUGUUCAUGGAUAGAGAUAUUGAUAGAGUUUGAUUUUAAACCAUUUGGCUCUUUGCGAGCACCUUUCAAAUGACAUGCAUGGAGGACGGAUGCACGGACCCAUGUGCAAUUAGAUUAAGAUAUUCGUGGGAUGCGGAGAAAGGUUGUUUCUUUAAAGGUAGUAUAGCGAAGGAACCUUUUAACGUUUCGUUUAUUACCAAUUUUGUAAUUAGAGGUGAAAUUUAGAAUAAAAAUCAUAAAGUUUGAUAAGGAUGUAAGAUAUUUUUAUUAAUUUAUUGCAGUAAAUUUUAUAGUGUUUCAAUUUUAAAUUUUUUGAAUGGUGAAACUAUGAAGUUUUCAAUCACAAGCAUGAUAAAUACAAUUUGUUCAUAUUAUACGGAAUGGAAAAAAAGAAGUGUUUGAAAAAAAGAUUAUUCUAAAUUAUUCUAAAUAUUUAUCUAGAGAUUUGAAAUUGUCACAAAAUAGAUAUUUUUGAAAUAUUAUAUAUAUAUAUAUCUAGAUUUUAUUUCAGUAAGAAUAGUCUUCUACAUUAUAACAGAUUGAAGUUUGCGACUAUUAGAUAUUAAUUAGAAAUAUCGAGAAAUUAAGAUUCGAUUAAAAAAUGAUGAUUUUUGAAAGUUGCAAACGUCCUUGAGAAAUUUAAUAUCUAUCUUAUAAUCGCAUAAUUCACAAUCGACAUGCAAGAGAGUAUUUGUCAUUCUAUGCAUCUAAUAUAUAUGUUCAUCGGUGAAAGUAAUCUUUCUUUUUAUCCACCAUUUUGCGACGAACAGUUAGACGAGAUAGGAAAGCACUUUUCUUCUCUAGAAAGUUACUUGAAAACCAAGGAUUGCAUUUUUUUUCUGCACGAAACUUGUGAAUCGUUUAAAUUGUACGCAUCAAAGGGAGAAAAAUGACAAAUAUUUAUUUUUCUAUCCUGUUAAUAUGUGUCUGUAAUGUGUGUAUGUGUUAGUAUUUGUGCAAUAUAGUUUAAACGUUCAAAUAGGAACGAUUAAAACAAGAUUUUAAUAAACCAAAAUACACACUCUA